ACUUCAACCCGGGACAGGGUUCCCCUCCGCCUUCCCCUUUAGAAAAAUGUCGGCGCUCGCGCCCCGCCCCGCCCCUCCCAGGUCGACGGCCAGGUGGGGCGGGCAUAUAAUUGCCGGAGCGCGGUAGUAGCGGGUUGCUGCAGGGCCGGAGCAGAGCGGAUGGCGUGCGCGGGCCUCUCUCAGCGCCCCGCGGCUCUGCUGUGGGGCUGGCUGCUGCUCGGCUGCAGCUGGGGCCCGGGGCCCCCCGGGGUCGGUGCCGCCCCACGCUUCUCGGCCGCUUACGUGCUGGACGACGCCGGCGGGCUGGGCAGGCGGUUCGACGGGAUCGGCGCUGUCAGCGGCGGCGGGGCCACAUCUAGGCUCCUGGUGAACUACCAAGAACCUUAUCGCUCGCAAAUUUUGGAUUAUCUGUUCAAGCCAAAUUUUGGUGCUGCUUUACAUAUCCUGAAAGUAGAGAUCGGAGGUGAUGGACAAUCGACAGAUGGUACUGAGCCCUCCCACAUGCACUAUGAAGAUGAUGAGAACUACUUCCGGGGCUAUGAAUGGUGGCUGAUGAAAGAGGCUAAAAAGAGGAACCCCCAAAUUAAACUGAUUGGAUUGCCUUGGACAUUUCCUGCAUGGAUAGGGAAGGGUGAGAACUGGCCCUAUGAUCACCCAGAUGUCACUGUUUACUAUAUUGUUUCCUGGAUAUUAGGAGCUAAACAGUAUCAUGAUUUGGACAUUGAUUAUAUUGGGAUAUGGAAUGAAAGGGCAUUUAAUAGCAAAUAUAUCAAGCUGUUAAGAUACACAUUGGAUAAGCAUGGCCUGCAGCAAGUGAGGAUCAUAGCCAGUGAUAGACUGUGGGAGCCCAUUUCCUUUGUCUUGCUGCUUGACUCUGAGCUCCACGGAGUGGUCGAUGUGAUUGGGGCUCACUAUCCUGGAACAAAAACAGUGCUAAAUGCCAUAUUAACUGGGAAGAAACUGUGGUCUUCAGAAGAUUAUAGUACUUUCAAUGAUGAAGUAGGUGCAGGCUGUUGGGCUCGGAUCCUGAAUCAAAACUACGUGAAUGGAAAAAUGACCUCAACCAUUGCAUGGAAUUUAGUGGCUAGUUAUUAUGAAGAGUUGCCCUAUGGUCGAUGUGGACUAAUGACAGCACAAGAGCCAUGGAGUGGCCACUACAAAGUAGAAGCGCCUAUCUGGAUUACAGCACACACAACCCAAUUUACUCAACCAGGCUGGUCAUACUUACAAGUGGAUGGACACUUAAAAGGAGGUGGCAGCUUUGUAGCUCUGACCGAUGGCCUGGGAAACCUUACGAUUAUCAUUGAAACUAUGAGUCAUAAUCAUUCUCGGUGUAUCAGGCCUCUGCUGCUUCCUUUCAGCGUAUCACCUCAGAGAGCAACUUUCUACCUCAAAGGGUCUUUUUAUAUGGUGAAAACCCUUCAGGUGUGGCAUUCUAGGCUUGGCUUUGAAUCUGCGCACACUACUCUUUUCCAGCAACUCCAUCCUGUAAAGGUCUGGAAGGGAAGUUUUUCUUUAGAUCUAAAUGUGGAUGAAGUCUACACUUUAACCACGCUCAAGACAGGGCAAAAACAUAUUUACCCAGACCCUCCACCAUCUCAGCCCUUUCCUUCUAAUUACAAAGAUGAUUUCAAUAUUCGUAAUCCACCUUUCAGUGAAGCUCCAAAUUUUGCAGAUCAGACAGGGGUAUUUGAGUACUUCAUUAACACUUCUGAUCCAGGAGAUCAUGUCUUCACUCUCCGUCAGGUGGUGGUUCAGCGACCCAUCACUUGGUCUUCUGAUGCAGACCAAACCAUCAGUAUCAUAGGAAAUUUUCAGUGGGAAAACUUUACAGUCACUUGUGACAUCUACAUGGAACAACCACGUGAUGGAGGCGUGUUUGUUGCAGGAAGAGUUGACAAUGGUGGUAUAUAUGUUCGAAGUACCAAAGGAGUUUUCUUCUGGGUUUUUGCAGAUGGCACCUACAGAGUCACUGGUGACCUAGGUGGAGAAGAAAUACUGAUGAAAGGAGACUCUGGUGUCCGGGCCCAUGCAUGGCACACACUGACUCUCAACAUCCAGGGCACUUCUGCCUCAGGGCUGUUAAAUGGUUAUCCACUGUGGGAGAAUGUCACCAUCACUGAACCAAGUAACGGCUGGGCUGCUAUUGGAACACGCUCCUUUGAGUUUGCACAGUUUGACAACUUUCACGUUGAAGCCAGCUGAGAUGGCUUUUGUGUCUGGAGAACCCAGUUCUCUUAUUACUUUGGAUCAGAUCCAGUUCAAACUUUGAGGACAAUUUAAUACUUUGUUGAGAUUGAUCUGUUGGCAGGGAAUCUGAAUUCUAUCCUUACUAUUUGUUAGAAGUUUACUUGAAUAAGUAUCAACAUGAUUGUAACUUUAUCCCCUGGUUGUUGUGGGAUUUUUACCCUUCAAUUUUUAGAGGAGAAUUUUAGUUUAAGAUAAUGAUGGAGACAAAAUCAUAGGUUUAAAUCUUUUUGGAUACCAAGAUCUAAACUUCCCAGCUCACUUUUAAGAUAGUUUUAGAAGGACUCUCAAGCUGUGGUUUUAACACUUACAUGAUUGUGUCUGUUCCUUUCACUCUUAAAGAAUUAAACGCCAGUAAGUCUAGUGAGUCAGUGGCCCUCUGUAGUUGUAGGCUGUGGUUCUCAAAUUUCCUUUACACAAGUACUUGGGGGGGUUUUGUCUCAGGCUGUAGUAGAAAAAAGAGACUAGGCAAUAUAGUACUUCAAGUGCAUUUGAUUACUUCUUAGAAAUUUCAUUACCAGCCUUAUAGCGGAUCAUGUUUUCAGUGGAAUGGAAGUGUAUCUUAUGACUGAUCAGGCAAUGCAGGAUGUGCCUUAAUUUUAAGCUACCUCUUCUCCAAUGAAAGUUCACUCCUUGUGUUUUUCCUUGCAUGGUGUAAAGGAUAAACCCUUUGUGACCCUUUGUGUCAUCAACUCAACUCAUGGAUGCUGACAAGCAGAGUGCUUACAUUUAUGUCAGAUCAGAUGUGAAAAAUCAGCCUUUUGUUCCUAAAAGCUCAGGUGACCAUCUUUCACCUGUGAUGGAUCUAAGGCUUGAAGCAAAAAAUAGUUAAAGCACAACUGUAUGUAAUUUGGUUGAUUGCAUUACUGUAGCACAGAAGGGCUGUGAGUGUAUCAUUUCCUUUUAUACCUAGGACAACAAGAUUAAAGUCUUUGAAUAUGAAUAGAUUGCAAGUUCUUAAGGCCAAACUUUUCCUAGGCCACACCAGGUAAAGCUCAGAGGGAAUUUCAAAUCCUGGGGAAAGGGGUGGGGGGAUUCCAUUUUGCUGUGGCUCACUUCAUUGUUUUUUUCAAGUUGCUUUUCCAAGUUAUUUUUUUCUGAGAAAAAAUACCUUGAAAAUAUAAGGUCCUAAAUGACAUUUUCAUCACCCUUUUACCAAAUUCAGUUGGCUUCUGAAUUUCUUUUGUUGUUUUUUUGUUGGUGAGUUUGAAUGAAGUGGAUGUCUUUUUGCCAUGACAAAACAUGCUUCCUGUGUCCACUAACUUUUCACAUUCAGCUCCUGUUUAACUGACCAGCAAGUAGUUCCAGACGUGAUGGGCCACUCAGAUCUGUAUGAAGUUAUCAGUAGCAGGCAAUAUCUUAUCUUGAGAAAAAAAUCUGCAGUAUACUUUGAUUUAUAUUGGGUAUUAUUCUGAUUCACAUUAUUUUGAAGACUGAUUCCAGUAAGCAUUAACUUAAGUUUCUGAAGUGGUCAUCUAGGAUAGAUUUAAUAUGUUCAGAAUUAUUGCUGGAAAAUUAUUAUAAAGGUUAUUUUCCAAAUUAGCUGUUGGAGAAGUGAUCUCAAAAUUCCAUCUCUAACAGGUAGAGAUGAGAAUUUCCCCCCCCCCCAACAAUUAUACUGCUACCACUAUUGAUUGGUUACAAAUCUUUAUGUAAAGCUUCAUAUGUGGAAGUAACCUUGAACAAUAGUCUAAAACACUAAACUUAAGCUCUUGUAAAAAGCUUCCAAAUAUUAAGCAGCUACCUAUUUGACUGGGUGAGAAAUGAAAGCCAAUUUUCUGCUUCAGUUUCAUCCUGAUAGUUGAAGUAUGGUUGCAGGUCUGAUUACUUGUUUAGCUUCGGAAGGGAUAUCCAUGUGGGAACUCCAGAUGUGAAGGAAUCAAAUUUUAGGUGCUCAUGUUAAAGUAAUAUGACUAUAGGAGAAAGUUCUCCAGCAUAAACUGUUUUUAGGUGGGAUGAAUUUGUGUGGUGGGAGACUUCUUGAAGACUUCUUGGUAGCUUUUGUGGGCUGUAAGCUGUGUUUGUGUAAGGGAUUAACAAUGGUACAGUUACUCCAAAGGAGCUGUCCAGCUCUUUACCUUUUAAUGCACUAGUUUAACUGUACUGUUGUUGCAUUGUGUUCUACAUGCAAUGUGUUUUAUUACUGAAAUGUUUUUUUUUCAAAUCUUAAUUUAUAAAGUUAGAGGAUUAAGCUGUUGUGAACAGAGUAAGCAAUUUAAUGAUGAUAUAGUGUUAUUCAUCUUUAUAUGUAUGUAAUUCUUCACCCUUCAGCAGACUGUAAUAUGCCUGGCAUUAACAAGCUGUCAAGUCUUUUUGUUGAGGAGUGGAUUUAUGUUGUUGAUUAUAAAUACUAAUCAUUCCAAAUGGACAAAUAAAACACUUCAAUAAAAAACAAAAACAAAACCAAAAAGA